AUGCACCGUGUUGGGGAUCCACACGUGGUAGAAAUUCACGUGCUCAAGCGCGGAAAGAACGGGCGUCGAGUAAAAAAACAUCAAGUUUCUUGUUGUCGCGUGGGGCCCCGAUUCUCCACUGAGGGAUUCGUCUACUUCUCGGACAUGAAUGGAAAUGUCGCGAGGUUCGACAUGUCCGAACGGAUUCUUGACGUGAGUUACAAGUGCUUUCGAUGGGGGCGUGUCCGAAAGGGUUAUAUAAGAGAGCACUACUUGUUCAAGGUGGAGGGGCUCGGCGAGCUUUUCGGGCCGUUUGCCUUCGUAGACGAGCGGAAAGUGAGAAGUUAUAGGCUCUUGGAGGAGUCGAUGAGUAAUGUUGUGUUCUACUAUUUGAGGGACGGGAAGUUUCAUUUGGACGACGGAAGAUACUCGUGCGAAGAUGCACUUUGCCUUACGAGAUGGAAUUUUGCCACGUGGACGAUGCCUGCACCGAUCAUCCUGACGAAUGACCUUAUUAUGACGAUGACGUGGAUUUGA